AUGCAGCAAAAAUUAAAAAACAAAAAACGAAAGCUUACGUGGUUUAUAAGGAUAGAACGGCUUUUUAACUACGCCUUAUCGAACGAUAUUAUCGAUACCUUGGAAAUAAUUAAAAGCAAUAUCGAAUACGAAAAACAUUUUAAUGGAAAUGUCGGCAAUAAUAAUAUUGCGGCGAGCUUUAAUUCCGGGAUUUCCCGCAAAAUAACGGGGAAGCUUUACCGGGGCCGGGGUAUCGUCCGGGGAGUACGUUUCGCAAACGGCCUUAAAUUUGGCGUAAACGCGGCGCUCGUACUAGGGGAGCUAAGCUUUUUAAUCCUGUUUAAAGUAUUAACGACGCACCGGGGACUUAAACGCCUAAACGUAAUGCUUUUUACGGUUCGUAAAGCUGUUGUCGGCAAUAAAAGCAAAAUUUACAAAUUUAAACUUUUUCGCGGCGUCGAACAUACGUUGGCCCAAUUCCAAAACGCCCUUUUCCAGCGCAAAGGUGCAUUAUCCGUUUUUGCCAACCUUUUUUUUCGAGCAAUAAUAUAUACAUUUCCUUAA